AUGGCUGAAGUUGUCGCUGCCUUCCUCCCAGUGUUAUUUAAUAUAAUGGCGUCUCCUGAGUUCGUGGACUUCUUUCGGCAACGCAAACUCAACGAAGGAGUCUUAGAGAAGUUGAAGAUAUCAUUGCUGUCCGUGAAUGCACUGCUUGAAGACGCGGAGGAAAAACAACUUACAAAGCCUGCUGUGAAACUGUGGCUCGAUGACUUGAAAGAUGUUGUCUAUGAUGCAGAAGACACCUUGGACGAGAUAGCCACCGAAGCCUUGCAACAUAAGUUGGAUGUUGAAUUCCAAACCACUUCAAGUAAGGUACACAACUCUAUCUCUAAGUUUCUUAGUAAUUUUAACAAAGAGAACCAAAAGAUAAAAGAGCUACUUGACAAACUAGAAUAUUUAGUUAGACAAAAGGAUGUUCUAGGUCUGAAAGAAGGUUCUGGAGGAGAAUCAGUAAAGAGACGCGCCAGCACUUCUUUGGUUGAAGAAUCUGGUAUUUUUGGUAGGGAUGAUGAUAAGGAAAAAAUAAUAAACUUGUUACUCUCAAAUGAUGCAAGCAGCAAUGAAAAUUUGUGUGUGAUUCCCAUAGUGGGCAUGGGGGGAAUUGGCAAGACCACCCUUGCUCAGCUUGUAUACAAGGACAAUAGGGUGAAGGAACAUUUUGACCUUCAAUCAUGGGUAUGUGUUUCAGAUGAUUUUGAUGUGUUUGGGGUAACUAAAACAGUUCUAGAGUCAGUGACGUCGUCAACUUGUGAUAUAAAGGAUCUAAAUCUGCUUCAAGUUAAACUACAACAGAAAUUGAUGGGGAAGAAAUUCCUACUUGUUUUAGAUGAUGUUUGGAAUGAGAAUUAUGCUGAUUGGGAGAUCUUAAGUAAUCCUUUUAAAAUUGGGGCACCAGGAAGUAUAGUAAUUGUAACCACACGCAGUUGCAAUGUUGCAUCAAUCAUGAACGCUCUUCCAAUUGAUCGUUUAAAGCCGUUAGUCGAAGGAGAUUGUUGGUCACUAUUUGCAAAAUAUGCAUUCCAUGAUGACGAAUUUGAUGCACGUCGAGAGCUAGAAGUAAUAGGUAGACAAAUUGUGAAAAAAUGUGAAGGUCUACCUUUAGCAGCAAAGACAAUUGGGGGUCUCUUGCGUUCUAAACCAGAUGUUGAUGAAUGGGAGAGGAUAUUGAAGAGUGAAUUAUGGGAUUCGUCAUUUGAAAAGACAAAUAUUCUUCCGGCUCUAAGAUUAAGUUACAAAUAUCUUCCAUCACAUUUGAAACAAUGUUUUGCUUAUUGUUCAAUAUUUCCCAAGGAUUGUGUUUUAGUAAAAGAUGAAAUAGUCUUAUUAUGGAUGGCAGAAGGUUUCUUAGCAGAAACUAGAAACAAAAGAAUGGAAGAGGUUGGUGAAGAUUACUUCCUUGAUUUGGCAUCAAGAUCAUUGUUGGAACAAUCAAGUGGCAAUAAAUCAAGUUUUGUAAUGCAUGAUCUUGUCAACGACUUGGCAAAAUUUGUGUCUGGGCAAUUUACCUUUAGAUUGGAGGUUGACAAUUCUCCCGAAAUUGUGAACAGGAUUCGUCAUUUGUCGUAUUUUAGAAACGAAUUUGAUAACUUUAAGAAGUUUGAGGAUCUUUACGAGGCUACUCGAUUGCACACAUUCUUGCCAUUGGAGCUGUUGCCAUCGAAUAAUUCCUACUUCUACUUAACAAAAAAAGUACCACUUGACUUAUUGCCAAAUCUAAGCUCAUUGCGGGUGCUCUCUUUAUCUCACUAUCAAAAUAUGACUGAGUUACCUGAAUUAAUUGGCAAAAUUAAGCAUUUACGUUAUUUGAACAUUUCUUCCACUGCAAUUCGAAGGUUGCCUGAUUCCGUGUGUAAGUUAUGCAAUUUGCAAACAUUAAAUUUAUCAGGUUGUAAAGAUCUUUCGGUAUUACCAAGAGAUAUGCGGAAACUCGUUAAUUUACGUCAUCUUGAUAUUACUGGAACUGUCAUAAAGGAGAUGCCAAUGCAGUUGAGUAGACUAAAAUGUUUACAAACAUUAACUAAAUUUAUCAUUAGCAAACAAAAUGGGGCUUGCAUUGAAGAGUUGGGAAAACUUGCAAAUCUUCGAGGAAGGCUUUCUAUUUUAGAGCUCCAAAACGUUGUACCUCCUACUGAUGCUUUGAAAGCAUGCUUGAAUGAUAGAAAGUACCUUGAAGAGUUGGUGUUGGAAUGGAAUGCAUUGGAUUCUAAUAUUUCAGAAUGUCAAAGAUCUGUACUUCACAAUCUCCGGCCCCAUAAUAACUUGAAAAGUCUCACCAUCAACAAUUAUGGCGCCGGAAGUCUUCCAGAUUGGGUUGGGGAUCAUUCAUUCUCUAACAUAACAUUCCUACGCCUAGAAAACUCAAUUCUUCAUCAGUUCGGCCAUUUGGAGCCUUGA